CUGACCUGGGUGCAGCCGGACAAGUUGAGGUGGAUGAGAUUGUGGCAGCCCUUCCCUGUGGCCAGUUUGAAAACUUUCAUCAGAAGCUGAUUUGACUCCAGUUCAUCUUGCUGAAGAGACAAUCCCCCCUGCAGGGUUCAGGAUGCGUGCAAUCCCCCCUCUCCUCUUAUUCUGCCUUUUCCUCCUGCUGCUCCCAUCCAUCCAGAUGAAAAAACCAGGAAAGGGCAGAGGCCUCAAAGGAGCAAGGCACAAACUCACACGGGACAGGGCAAGAGGUCCUCGCCGUCACAGCAGGUCAGGCCCAUCUGGUCUUGUGUCACCCAACUGUUUAGAGUCACCAGAAUCUGGGCAUGUCUUUGUAGACUGCCAAGAACGGCGUCUCUCUUUUAUUCCCACCGCAAACACAUGGUCCAACAAACCCAAGCACCUCCUUCUAGCCCGUAACCGAAUUAAAGUCCUUCAUGAUGGAGCCUUCCUCGGAUACGAGAAUUUAGAUAGUCUGGACCUGCAGCAGAACCAGAUCUCUCUAGUGGAGGAUGGGGCCUUCCAGGGUCUGACAAAGCUUACCACCCUGCUGCUUCAGCACAACCGCCUCCAAACACUUAGUGAGGAGGUUCUCAUCCCCAUGCCAAACCUUGGCUACUUGCGUUUAUAUGAUAACCCCUGGAACUGUCUCUGCCCAAUUGAUAGUCUUGUACGCACUCUUCAGGUGCCAAGCAAUCGUAAUCUAGGAAACCACGCCAGGUGUGCCAAGCCCAUCUGGUUAAAAAACAUGAAGUUGAAGCACGUUGAUCCUGAGUUACUCUGUAAAGAACCAGACCCGGCCAACAACCAACAGAGUGAUGAAACGGGUUACACGGGCGUUUUAGAGCCCAGUUCAAUUCGAAGCAAACCAGAUGCUACUACAGUCUGCUUCACCUACCAUUACCCCCAAAUACGGAUGGACUGCAGUAACCGAGGUUUAACUGAGGUGCCCUCAGGUAUCCCCGACAACGUUGUCCACAUCGACCUGUCGCAUAAUUCGAUCAGUCACCUCAAAGCUAGAGACUUUCAUGCCGCGAAGAGUCUCCGAACCCUUAAUCUCAGCAAUAACAACAUGGAGCACCUGGACAAAGGCUCUCUGACUGGGCUCUUGCAUCUCCAGGAGCUGGACUUGUCAAACAACAACCUGACGUUUGUCCAGCACGGGGUUCUUGAAGACCUCUACUUCCUGUUACAUUUAAAACUGGAAGGAAACCUCUGGGUGUGUGACUACAGCAUUCAAUACAUGGUUUACUGGCUAAGCCUCCAUCCAGGAGUGAGUCCUUCAGGCCUGGUGUGCUACUCUCCUCUGGAAUAUGCUGGGGAGAGCGUGGAGGAGUAUGUGAAAGCUUACAACAGAGAGUGUCCAAAGCAGCAAAGCAGGCCAGAUCAAGACCAGACAGACCCCAAGCUCUGGAACACACUGAUGGAAGCACAGGCAGAGCUGGAGGAGGAGGAGCUGGAGCCGAGCGCCUUGAGGGUGCCGCAGAAAUACCAGAUCAUCAGAUUGUCCUGACUCAAGUUAAAAUAUGAACCUUAAAGGCUGUUUGUUUUGCCUUCAUUAACCUGUUCUGUAAUUUGUAAAGCAAAAAGUCUGCAUCAGAUGAAAAAACUAUUUUUUUGUUGCUUUUAUGUGUUAUCGGUGUUGUGUUUGUAAUUCAAAUAUAUAAAGAUCGACAUUUUGA